AUGCUUCGGAUGGCGAUCUUCUUUCUUCUGGCUACCAUUAUGGUAGGAAAUGUGAAGACAGAAAACUGUAAUUACCAAUUCACAGUACCCGAAUCUUCUGGCGUCAAAUGCAGUGGAGAAGAGAGUUUUCAAAUGAAGUCUUCCAUUGAUCAUAUCAAUGGUGAACUCAUUAUCGCUGAACGCAGGCAGCAAGCAAUGUCAGAAUCAUUCUCGAGAGAAAUUUCAAAACUGGACAUUGGAGCUGAAACCAUGAGAAAUGUUAGCACAAUGCUCCGUAUGGAUCUUCAAAAAAUCCAAUCCAUGGUGACUGGCAUGGCGCCUCUUGCAGAGGAGGUGAAAAGUCUUCGAGAUAUGAUAACGAAUUCGAAAGAAUCCUUGGAACCAAAAUUCUCGGCGUUGCAAGAACGUAUGAUGGCAAUUGUGGAGAAGUUUCAGAAUGAAUCUGCCAAAGUAUCUGAUCAUGCUCAAGCAAUGAUCGUUGCUCAGACAAGCCAGCUGGCCCACCAAGCGCAAAAUCUCAUAUUAUUGAAGAAAGAAUCAGAGGACUUCAAAGUGCAAAAUGCUGGACAACAGGAAAUACUUGACGACCUCCGUAAUAGGUUACAUGAACUGGAAACUAACCCACCCAUCUCAUCGCAAUUACAAGGUCUGAAAUCAUCAGUGAAUCUUCUCCAGUCGACCCUCACUAUGGCCUACAGGCGUAACAGAGACGAAAUCCAAACAUUAAAAGCCCAGUUAAUAGCCUCGAGGAAACCGACUGUUUGA